AUAAACAGAGAGAAGAAGAAGAAUUGUUUCGCAGGCAUGUCCUACAGGUUCGUUCUGCAUUUGUAGGUUACAUGUUUUGUCUGUGCGACACCAGUAGAUCAAGUGGUAGAGACAUUAUAGAAACCGGUGUCGUUACUACACGAGGAGAAAGACGAAACCUUUGUCCGCACUUCAGUGAUUUAAUGGAUUUAUGAAACACAGUGAAGACAUUGGAGGCCUAAUUAGCAGCGAGCUAACAUUUGACCGUGGGUUUCAAGAAAACUUAACAUCAUACAUCCUCACCACUGGUAGAGCAGUGAUUCCCAACAUAUUUCACUGGAGCCUUCCCUACUUGUAUUUAAGAAAUGCUGGACCCACACGAACAUGUCUCUUUUCUGGCUCUUGCUGCAGUGGUACAGUAAGCCCUUAACUCAGCAUGCACCCUGACCUGUCUCCUCACCUGCACACAGAUGAGUGUAAUGUACUGAUAUCUCAGCUGAGGCAGUGCCACACCGAGCACAAUUUCCUGAAGUUCUUCGGCACGUGUAAUGAUGUGGACCGAGCCAUGCGUGAGUGCCUGAAGAAAGAGAGACUGGAUAAGCGGGAGCGCAGUAAGCAGCAUGCACUGGACAUGAAAAAGAGGCUGAAAGAAGGACAUAAAGAGCAUCUCUGAAGGAUACUUUCCAGACAGACGGCACCACAAGCUGAAAGUAUUCAGUUACGAUACAUCUGAUUGUCCCCUUGGGGGAGAAUUUGUCAUGGACUCAAGUGUGGCACACAUUCAGCCGCCUCCACAGCACAAUCAAUAAAUCAGAACUUAUGGGACAUUGAGUGAAGCGUCAGUGUUUAACACUCCUUUUGCUCUUUUGAUAUCAAGACAGAAGAAUGAUAGAAACUUCUGUUAGUUGCAAAUUCAGAGCCAUGUGGGUUUUUUUUAUUCACCUGGUCUUAGUAUCAUUUGAAUGUUAACAUCAACAAGUAAAUGGACCUCUUAUUACAUAUUAUUGACAUUAAUAUUAAGAUUCUAUUAUUUUAUUCAACAGGAACAUGACUGUUUGAUGAGAAUAUUGAGAUCAUAUACCUGCAGUGAUUUGGUUUUCAUGCCCACCAUACUCAGUAAAUGUCCUCUGGCAUGUACCUCCAUAACAUACUUGAUAUAAUCUGCACUGAUUAGAACUUGCUGCGUUGCCAGAACAUUUUAGCUCGACACAGAAACCAACUAGCACUUUGGAUUAAAGAAUGCUGCUUACUAUUCAUUCCCCCUGUAGUUAGCAGAACACCACAGCUCUAUCAAAGAGAGAAGUGAAGAUGAUGUCUGAACCCCUUUCAUCAAACCAUUAUUUUAUUCAGCAGGACUCCUCAGGAAUAUUGUGGCACCUGAAUAAUUCAUGACAGGCAGGGAGAGUCCGUUUCAGGGAUGCAUGACAAAGACGAGGAUUUAAAAAAAAAAAAGAAAAAGAUCCAAAGCCUGACCAGCGGUUUUGGAAACUCUCGCUGUGAGAAGACUCAUUGUUGUUUGAAAGUUUAUGUGAAUGGGCAAUCAUAUUGAUUUGUGAAGUUCAUUGAAAUAAAGUGUGGGAAAAAAA